UUGUCGGUUGUCGACAUACUUAGAUCGUAUUCAUGUCGUGUAUGCUAUUAUAAAGAUAAAUCGUUUUUUGCGCCAUAGGUUUUCAUUUUGACACAAAAAGAUUAUGAUGAAAAUUGUGUGUUGCCUGUUUCUUCUGAAGUUUGGCUGUAGUGGUUUUAUUGUAUAGGUAUACAUAAAAUAUCGAUAUUCCUACAAAUUUUGCUACUAUCAUUUGACAUCUCUAAGCCAAAUAAAUAUUCCGCCGCUGUCAAAUCAAUUUUUGUACGUCUUUGUCGAGGAAAAUAAAUCUGGGAAUCAACUUCGUGGAUUAUUUUAAAGUGUUAUUUAAACAUGACUUCUACGAUGCCAAACGACGGUGAUAGAAACGAGGAGCGUCGACGCCGGGUAUUGCUGGGUCCACUCCCAGCUGGUUUCCUACGUGCCGAUGGAGACACUGCUGCAGACAAUGCCAUGGAUGCAGACUAUCAAGCCGCAUUGGCACUGCAGCAACAACUAUGUGGUACUCAGGUCCCCGCUGCAGGACCGCCAUUGACAGCGCGACUGAGUAUUACUAUAGCUCAGGCGAAGUUGGUUAAAAACUAUGGUCUAACCCGUAUGGACCCGUACGUGAGGCUGCGUGUAGGUCACUGCAUUUACGAGACCCACACGGACCCCAGCGGCGGAAAGACUCCGCGCUGGAAUAAAGUUAUUCAUUGCUUGCUGCCUCCCGGUGUAAACUCUGUUUACCUGGAGAUCUUCGACGAGUGCUCGUUCACCAUGGACGAGCUGAUCGCCUGGACUCACAUCACCAUCCCGCAGGCGGUGCUUAAUGGCGAGACACAUGAAGACUGGUACCCGCUGAACGGAAAGCAGGGCGAUGGCGUUGAAGGCAUGAUCAACCUCGUCCUCAGUUAUUCUGUGGGCCCAGCGGCCGUGGCCACGUUCCCCCCGGUGCUGGUGGUGCCCAGCACGGGCAUGGGCUACGCCGCCAUGCCGGUGUACCCGCAGCCCGCGCAGCGCCCCGUGCAGCCGCCGCGCCCCGUGCAGCCCCCUGUCACGCCUGAACAGAUACAACAGAUAGAAGAAAUGUUCCCAAGCAUGGACAAGGAGGUGAUCAAGUCCGUGUUGGAGGUGAACCACGGCGACAAGGACGCCACCAUUAACUCUCUCCUUCAGAUGUCCGAAUAGUGACGUCACACAGCGGAGCACUGGACGGUACUGAUCGAUGUUACUUGAUAUUUUUAAUUAAUUCUUAAAAAUUCAUUUUUCUAGAAACAUUUUUGCAUAUAAAAGCAAGCAAGGGGCCCAUUUCUCGAACGGUAUUAGUCUAAUAUUAUUAGUGUGUUGCCAUGGUAACCCAUACGACAUGACAGGGGCCCGUUUCUCAAACGGUAUUAGACUAAUAUUAUUAGUCCGCGAACUGUCAAAUCCAUUGGGUUUCCACGACAUCACACUAAUAAUAUUAGACUAAUACCACACACUAGUGUUGCCAUGGUAAUCGUAUGCGAUUUGACAGUUCGUGGACUAAUAAUAUUAGUCUAAUACCGUUCGAGAAAUGGGCCCCUGAGCAACUUUAUUCCAGAAAUUGUUGCAAGCCAGUCGGACCACGCUAAGUUUUCAUGCCGUGUUCAAAUACGGAGAUUAUAGGUAUGUAAAGUUAGCGUGCUGAGUCUAAGUUUUGGAACGAAGUUCCUUAUCGGACGGUACGGACUUGACGGAUGGCUAGGCGAAAAAAAAAGUGUAUUUUGCAAUAAUAUCAAGCUUUUAUCGUCUAGUAUCGUUCAGUGUCAUAUUCAAGUAUUGUAUCAAGCAAGCGCUUAGCAUUCGCUUUACCAUCUCGCUCACAUAUUAAAGGUAUUUUUUGUUUAAUAAUAAAAUUGCAAGUUUAACAUGUUGGUAUGUGAAUACGGCCGGCAAAACGUCCCACUUUGUGCCUUGCAAUAAGGACGAGAUUUCCUUAUAUCUUUAUACGAAUAACCUGACAAGGCGUCCCUAUUGCAAGCGACAAAGUGGGACGUUUUGCCGGCCGCGGCCACAUAUGUGCAUAAACAAAAGUUUAUCAAGUAUAUGCGGCUUUAAGAGCGUUUAAUAUCUUAAUCAGAUUAAGAAUUUAGAUUUAAUCAAGCUGUAUAAACUUAUUACAAAACGUUAAUUAUAUACAGGGGAAGAUUAUAAUCAAAAGCAUAGACAAAAGAAUACUGACUUGACAAACAACGACAAGUAGUACAAAAUAUAGCCGUAAAGACAGUGUAAGAAGAUGGCGCUAUACGGUAUCAUACGUUUUGUGUUAACUGGAUUGUGAAACGUUUGCGCUUGACAAAAUAGUUACUGCAUUAUCUGUCAAAUUUGAGCUGUAAAGUUUUUCAUUACUUUACGCAUCUUUAGUAUUGUUUUGUCUAUGUUGAAAACGAUGGAAAAGCCCCAAAAAGUUAAACAUUUUUAGUCUAAAACAAAGUACAGUCAUGUCUGUAAAUAUAGAUACGGACAAAGUGCCAAAAAUAUGUAUACACUACCUUAACAUAAUUAAGGUCGUGUAUACAUAUUAUUAGCACUUUCUUCGUAUCAAUAUUUUCAGACGUGACUGUACCACGUUUAUAAGAAUAGCAAAUAGUUCAAAUAGAGAGGCGCUUUUUAAUCUUUUUGUACAUAUAAAUCGGCCUUAUUAUUAUAAAGGCAAAGAGAAUUGAUUGUAAUAGAGAGGUAAUUUCUAAGAAAAAAAACCUGGCCCUUAGUUUGACUGUCUAAACAGAUGGCGCUGUACUGCGCCAUAUGUUUUGCGGUCACUGAAUUGUCAGACGUCAACUUUUGACAGUCAAGAGUUACCGCAAAAUGUAUGGACCUGUACAGCGCCAUCUCGUCUACCUGUCAGUAUCGAAGCACGAAAUUGUCUUAGAUUUUACACAUUCUACUCAAUCAAUGUAUCUGAUAAAGGAUAGCUUCAUUUUGCACUAUAAAUAUACAUUAAAACAGAAAUCAGUCAAUUUAAAACAAUCAUUUUUAACUAAGUUUUUAAAUACAAAAAAUGUCAAAGGAAACAUUGUAUAAACAAAUAUUUUCUCGUUUAUGAUAUUGCCGUUUUUAAAUAAUCCUUAAUCAAUGGAUUAUUUCACAUUCCACGUCUUUAAUACUCUAUUAUAAAUAAUACAUAAUGACAAUGUCAUAGACAAGAAAAUUGUUUAUAUAUUUGCUAAUUGAUAUCUAUAACAUUUUAAUGAUUUUAAGGACCUGUUUCACAAUGUCCAAGUAAAGUAUUGGAUAGCUAAUUAACAAAUAAAUUAACUGCCAGAUAAAACUACCUUAAGUUGUAAAGGUAUUUAUUUACAUAAAUAUCAUAAACCCUCUGAAGCAUCAUGCCUUCAAAAUCCGUAAAUAAUGGCCAACAUAAAAGUAAAACAAAUUUCUUAUCUGUGGAAAUUUGUCUUGUGUGUAAAUUUCUUAACUUCGUUCGUUUCUUAAACCCACACUCGUAUUUUAAUGCCUUUCAUUAUGUAGCAGUCACAUAAACUACUAUUAUAUACCUGUUAAAUUUAUUUGAAGAUUGUGAAACGCCAACGAUGAAUUUAUUCGUCAGAUAAGCGGCAAGUAGUUUAAUCAGGACUUAACUUCGACAUUGUGGCCCUAAGUUUUUUUAACUGCUUAUUAGAUUAAUUUCGAGCAUCGACAAAGCAUUUUGCUCAAUUUAUUUAACUGGCGAUAACACCAACUUCAACAUAACAGUAGAAUAUUAAAUGUGAUUUUAGUAUAUUUAAUAUAUGUAAAUACAACACUUUUUAAAGUGGUGUUUACAUUAGAUGUGGAACCGAUUUGGACGAAAGGGGACGACGUGUUUCUCUAUUAUUCGGAUUAAUGUUGUAUGGAAACGCGGUCAUCCAUAUCUUCUAAAGAGGUUUCACACGACACAGUAGGGUCGAUUGCAUCAAACCGUCUGGCAAGUUUCAUAGAUUUUGUGUGACCGAUGACCAGUCGGGGGCCCAUUUCUCGAACGGUAUUAUUCUAAUAUUAUUAGUGUUGCCAUGGUAACCGAUACGACUUGACAUGGGCCCAUUUCUCGAACGGUUUUAGACUAAUAUUAUUAGUCCACGAACUUAGCGCUGGUGACCUAGCGGUAAGAGCGUGCGACUUGCAAACCGGAGGCCGCGGGUUCAAACCCCGGCUCGUACCAAUGAGUUUUUCGGAACUUAUGUACGAAAUAUCAUUUGAUAUUUACCAGUCGCUUUUCGGUGAAGGAAAACAUCGCGAGGAAACCCAACAAGGCCUAGGUUACCCUCUGGGUUGGAAGGUCAGAUGGCAGUCGCUUUCGUAAAAACUAGUGCCUACACCAAACCUUGGGAUUAGUUGUCAAGCGGACCCCAGGCUCCCAUGAGCCGUGGCAAAACUAACUAAUAAUAUUAGGAUAAUAUCGUUCGAGAAAUGGGCCCCUGUCAAGUCGUAUCGGUUACCAUGGCAACACUAAUAAUAUUAGACUAAUACCGUUCGAGAAAUGGGCCCCCGACUGGUCAUCGGUCCAUCUGGUGUCCAUUGUGGCUAGUGCAACUGGCCCUAAAUUGUAGUUGUCACGUACACGUUAGUAGAUGGGGGACAAAUAGAAACGUGAUAAAUUUAUUAUUAUUGUUGGAAAUUGGCAGUGGCACAUAUGUUUAGAUCGCUGAUAGAAAACAUUAGAAUAUGUUAGUGAAUCUGUUCAAAAGUAUGUUUACUUUAAAAAAAUCUGAAACUGUUAACUUUAUUUUAACUCUAUUUUUGUGUUAAUGUAAAAUGCCUUUGUUUGCUGUCAAGUUUUUCAGUAUUUUACAGAAAUUUUCUGUAUCGAAAUGAAAGUUAUUUUAAUAAAAUUUAAAAUUUUAAUGAGAGAAAAUAUGUAACAAAAAUAAUGGGGAUCCGUAAGGGAAUGUUCGAUAUCGUGUUCUGUUUUGGAAAUAGAAGAAGAAAAAAUUGUUGGCCUUUGUAUGGAGGAUUGGCCGACUUGGACGACCUGCCCCAUCGAAAAAAUUGUUAUUUGGUUAUAUACUCAAAAUUUGGAUCUGAUUACUUUGCCCCACAUGUGGAUUAAAUGCAAGUUUCUCAUUCGUUUUUGAACACUCAAGAGAGCGUUUACCAGUUGGUGUGGUGAAAAUUAUUUUUUUCGCUAUCGCUUUAUUCUUUUUUCGUUAUUCUACUUUUUCCCGAUCAGAACACGAUACCUGAAAUCCACUUAAACGGAUUACCACUAUUUCUGUUACACCUUGUAUAAUGCUUAAAAAGUUCUAUUCACGAUACACUACAAAUUAGUUCUUUGUCGAUUGAUAUGUUACGUUGUUUGCAUGAAAAUACCCGUAAGGCCUGAAUGGACACUCGAGUUGGGCGUGCAGCGUACAUAUCAAACAAAUGCAAACGUAUAGGAGCGGCCGCAGUGCACGCUGCUCACAUCGCUUGUGAGCCCGACGCCACGCUGCACGCCCCGCUUAACGCUCCGCUUCGAGCGUCCACUCAGGCCUUAUUACUAACCAAGGCUUGUCAGCUAAAGUGCCAAAUUAUUUGCCAUCGGUGCAAUGCUUCAAUGAAUAUUAUUGUUGUAUUUAUUUGUAAUUUUACAAUGUAUUAAUAAAUUAUUAACUACUUA